GGCAGAGAGACUCCCUCUCUCUCUCUCUCUUGUUCUGCAACUUCCAUGCUUUCCUCAUUAAAAGCUUCUUCGUUUUACAAAUUGAUCUUUGCAUUUUUCUGCAAUUAGAGAGAGAGAUUUAUAAGAAGAUGGUUAAGAGAGAGAAAGGAAAUAGAUUGAUAAUUGUGAUGGGAUCGUGUAAAGAUGAGAAAUCGAGAAGGAUUUGGAGAGGAUUGAAAACCCUAUUUUUCUUGGUAACUAUGUUGAUUUCUCUUCUAAUCUUCUCUGCUCCUGUUCUUCUUGUUAUAGCCGAUGCGUUUCUCCCUUCUGCAAUUCUCUCUACUUCACUUCCUCUUUCAUUUGAGACUCUCUCUUCAUAUCUAAGAAACUACGAUUUCAGAUCUUCUUUAAUCGAUAUUCCUCUUAUCUCCAUCGCCAGAUCAGCCGUCAUCAUCUGUGCUUAUUAUUUCUGUGAUCGACCGAUGCUUUCUCGAUGGCCAUACUUGGGGGUUACAGCUCUGUGUUCAUUGAUUUCUCUGGUAUUUGUUUCGUUUAAGGCUUCUUAUGUACUCUUUGACGACGGUUCAAGGAUCGCCGGUGCCGGGGAAGGAGAAGGGAAUCAGAGAGUAAUGGAAGUAGAGUUGUUCAGUUGCUCCUGGCUUUUGGCCGUCGCUCACACUGUUGUCGCCUACAGGACUAGUUGCCGGCGAAGACGAAAACUUCUUGUUUACAAAAUUGACAUUGAAGCGGUUUCAGCUUGCAAGAAGGGCUUUCCAGCAUACCAAAAGCUUCUUCAAGAGGAAAGAGUGAAGUAAAGCUGUAAAAGGCAGGGUUGGAUUGGGGAAGAUGCUUCCCUAGCUUCACAUCCAUUCCCCAAAAUCCCCUUUCAGGUCUUGAUCUCCAUUACUUCAACACCUGAAGGAAAUUGGAUGGUAGAUGCAGGGCAGCAGUAGAAGAACAGUCUGACCAUCACCCAGAAAUGCUUAUCCUAUAUAUACCUGCAAGCCUGAAACUCUUAGAAGCCAUAGUGUUAAGCAAUCUCUUUAGCCAGAUUAAAUGUAUUAUAGUGUUGAGCAAUCUCUGUGUGUAUAUCACAUUUUUGUAUAGUCUCAUACCAGAAAUGCAUAGCAAUUGGGUUUGAAAGCUUA